CAAAGAAUCAAGGGAGAAAGCACAAAGAAAGAAAGAGAAGCCAUGCCUUCUUCUUCCUCCUCAAAGAGCUCGUCUUCUUGGUUAUUAGGGUUUCCAUUAGUUCUUCUUCUAACAGUUCUCCUCUUUCUUUCUUUCUCCUCUUUCCCCGACGAGUCCUACUAUCGACAGUUUUUCUCCUCUAUCUCUUUGUCAUCUCUUCUUGAUGACCGCCAUCAUCCAUCAUCAUCAUCAUCAUCAUCAUCCUUCUUACACCAAGAUCCAAUGUUCAACAACAACCUCGUCAAAGACACAGAAGAAAACAUUAAUGUCGGGCAGAGAAGGAGCAAUCUCGAGAGAAUAGAAGGAGAGUUGGCAAAUGCAAGAAGGGCCAUUAGAAGAGCCGUGAAGUUGAAGAAUUACACGUCGGACCACGAGGAGCCCUACGCUCCAACCGGCUCCGUUUACAGAAACCCAUUUGCUUUCCAUCAGAGUCACAUCGAAAUGGUGAAGAGAUUCAAAGUUUGGACAUACAGAGAAGGGGAGCAACCGAUCGUUCACGACGGUCCGGUGAAUGACAUAUACGGCAUCGAGGGCCAGUUCGUCGACGAGCUCGGAAACGACGUCCGAAACAGCCGUUUCGUGGCUCCGCGGCCGGAAGAAGCCCACGCCUUCUUCUUGCCCUUUAGCGUAGCCAACAUCGUUCACUACGUCUACAAACCUAUUGCCUCCCCGGCCGACUUCAACCGGGACCGCCUCCACCGCGUUUUCAACGACUACGUCGACGUCGUUUCCCGCAAACACGGGUUUUGGAAUCGGAGCAACGGCGCCGAUCAUUUCAUGGUCUCGUGCCACGACUGGGCCCCCGAUGUACCGGAUAGCAAACCCGAGUUCUACAAAGACUUCGUCCGAGGAUUAUGCAAUGCUAAUACAUCCGAAGGGUUUAGACCGAGUAUCGAUUUCUCGGUACCCGAGAUUAACAUUCCAAAGGGAAAACUCGGGCCGCCGUUCUUAGGCCAAGCACCCGAAAACAGGACGAUCUUGGCAUUCUUUGCCGGGAAAGCUCAUGGCUACAUUAGAGAAGUGUUGUUCGCUCAUUGGAAGAACAAAGACAAAGAUGUCCAAGUGUACGAUGGUCUCGGGAAAGGCCAAAACUACCAUGAGCUGAUCGGUCGGAGCAAGUUUUGUCUUUGCCCUAGCGGCUACGAAGUCGCAAGCCCUCGAGAGGUCGAAGCGAUCUACUCGGGAUGCGUUCCAGUCGUUAUUUCCGAUAAUUACUCGUUGCCCUUCAACGAUGUGCUCGACUGGAGCAAGUUUUCCGUCGAGAUUCCGGUGGGAAAGAUACCUGAGAUCAAGAACAUUCUGAAGAACAUUUCACAAGAGAAGUACUUGAGAAUGCAAAGGAACGUGAUGAGGGUGAGAAGGCACUUCGUGGUAAACCGGCCGGCUCGACCGUUUGAUGUGAUCCAUAUGAUACUUCACUCGGUUUGGUUAAGGAGGUUAAACAUUAGGUUGACUCCUUGAUUCACAUGCCAUUUUUGUCUAAUUUUUAUUUUUAUAAUGUCUUUUUUUUUUUAAUUUUAUUUGGUGGAUACCAAUUUCUUGUAUAUUUUUUUUUCUUUCUCCAAGUUCUUUCAAGUGCUUAAAAU